CUACUCCUUCGACAAUUUCUUUAACUCAUUUCAUUCAUUUCUAACCAAAACAUAACUAGUAGGAUCCACUCACUUAUUUCAUCUUCUUCUCCAUUUUUUUCUAACAAAAGCAACAAUAGCUUGGUCUUGCAAAAAUGGCAGAUUCGUUUUAGUUUGAGGCAGAAGGCGGAAGCGGCCACGUCAAAAUUCUAUCUACCAUUAAUUUGAAUCCUAGAAUCUGAACGAAGCCUCUCUCCACCGCAAAUAACACUAUCGUUGUUCGUCGUCACGUCUUUCUCCUCAUGAUCAAUAUCUGCUGCCACCGUGAAAUCAUCUCGAUCAAGCUUCCUCUUCUGUUUAAUUAGCCAACGAAUCUUUUCUUCCAAACGCGCACAACUAACCUCUCGAAUUUGAACCAAAACGUCUUAUUCUGUAAUUCAUCCCAUGCUUUAUGCAAUUAUGUAAUCAUAAUGCAAUAUUAGCAUCUAAAUGAAAUCUAAAAUGAUUAAAAUGAUUAAAAUCACCUAAAAUAAGAUCUUGAAACCACUAAAAUCAUGAUAUAUAAAUGAGUAUUAGGAAAUCCCAAAUGCUAAAAAAAAUAUUAAAAUCAUUAAAAUCUUAUGUUUGACUUGAUCUAUCUUCUUAUUUAUUUUGGUUUUGUUUAAGCAAUGGACAAUCCACAUGUAUGUGUGCAGAUUGUUAGGAAAUACGCGGUCAAAUUUUGCGGAAAGCCAGAAUUUAUGGGAGCGGGAAAGAAGCACACACACCAAAUUGUUAACGGAGUUCGGCCAAUGAUGCCUACGUCUCCGGACCUGCUACAGAUCUUUUAUUAUUAACCAGGGAAUUUUUACAAGCUCACAACUCACACCCCGAUCCCAAAUACACUCAGAAAUUAUUAGUAAUUUCUUAAAGAAGAUUUUUUGUGAGAAAAAUUUUUUUUUUUUUUUUUUCUUCUUCUUUUUUUCUUCUUCUCUCCUCUCUCGUUCUUUCUCUCUGUUUUCUUGUUUUGGGAUGAUUUUCCUCUUCACCUCAGCUCUCCUUUUAUAAGCAUGAAGAAGGUGUUUGGUGGCUCACAAUCUUUGACAAAACCAACGUCAACAAUUUCAGCUCACCGUCCAUGUCGUCACCGUCCAUGCCGACCAACACGUAAAACGUGUUUUUUUGACUUACAAUCUCCCACUUGAAGACUGAUUUCAAUCUGUCUUCACACAUUGAUCGAUGUAGCAGGUCUCCCCAGCUUGUUACUCCAACAAGCCAACUGAGGUUGCACACAACCUCAGCUUAUCAUACGGCACGACCUUCGUCAACAUGUCUGCCGGAUUCUUGCUUCCUGGGAUCUUCUCAAGCACCAACAUUUCAUCUUCCAACGCGGAUCUGAUGAAAUGAUACCGACGAUGUAUGUGCUUCGUCCGAGCAUGGUAAACUGGAUUCUUUGCCAAAUCGAUAGCACUCUUACUAUCACAGUACAACACACUUUUCUCUUGGCCAUGGCCUAGCUCCUCUAGAAAAGACUGUAGCCAUAUAAUCUCUUUUGUUGCCUCUGUUACCGCAACAUACUCAGCUUCACAGCUUGAUAGAGAUACAAUUUUUUGCAACUUUGAAACCCAACAAAUUGCAGUACCGCCAAAGGUGUAGACAUACCCGGUUGUGCUCUUCGUGCUGUCAACGUCACCUCCAUUGUCAGCAUCAACGUAUCCCCGCAAUCCCGUCUUAGACUUCGUGAAACAUAGCGAUAAGCUUUGAUUUCCUUUCAGGUAUCUGAAAAUCCACUUAACGGCUUCCCAAUGUUCCUUUCCUGGAUUGCUCAUAAAUCUGCUGACGACUCCCACUGCAUGUGCAAUGUCUGGCCUUGUACAUAUUGUGAGAGACAAGGUUUCACUUCUUAGAUUUAGGUUAGGUCAAGAGAGAUGAAUGAGAAUCGUGGGCUGAAUCCCGUAAAUAAACUUGAAGAAUGAAUAUGAUUUUAUUGAUGAGUUGAAAGAUGAUGAAUACAAAGAAAUGUAUCUUGAGAUGAUUGCUAAAGAAUACGUAAUGCUUUUAAUCUAGUACAAAAGUUGAUAUAUGGAAAAAAGAUCCCCCUUGUCUUUUAUCUUCUCCAUCUUUAUAUAGUCUAGGUUUCGUUGGCAACCCUUCAACUGUUCUCCUAGAUAUUUGGCUUCAAUUACGGAGCUCGCUUUAGGCUCCUCUUGACCGAGUCUCUUAAGGUGUUAGCUCACUUUCUGUCGUGACCUCUGCUAUGAUGUCUCCCAGGUCUUGUCGUCAGCUCGGCUUUCAGCUCCCUUUGUUAUGAUGGGCUUAUCGCAACCCACAUGCUAGCUCACGCUUAUCGGUACCUCACCUGAGGGUCAUAUUCGGGUCCAACAGUUGCCCCCAGCUUCCGAAUAAAAUCCUUUGUCUCGGAAGCUAGAAUCUAGCUAUCGAUCUUAUCUUUUCGUUAAGAUAAUGAUUAGUUCUUAUCCUAUUUAGAUUCAGCUUACUCGAUCUAACGGUCUUUAUUACGUUUGGCAGAAUCUAUGGUUCAGAUGGAGAGGGUUUGAAAUGACUUUUCCGAAUCUCGAGAGGUGAUGGGAUAUAAAGCGGUGAACAUUAACUGCUAGCCUUCCACUUUCUCCACGCCUCCGUUCGGUUUUCAAGAAAUCGAAGAUCCCCCGAAGCUCUCUACCAAGCUCACCAGGGCUCUAUACCGCAAGUUGCAACAGAGUCCCUGUACCUGGGUGGCCUACACCACUUCUCGAAUAAGUGCAGCCAGAUUCCCAGAUACCUACAACGCCUCUUUCCAAGAUCCCAUUCCUGCUGAGAACCUUGAGAUUUCGGCAGGCGAUUCGGUUGUAUCGAUCUCAACUGGUGCUAGUGCUUCGGGAACUGAAAAGUCUCAGCCAGGUGACAUGACUCUGCGACCGUCAUUCCGUUCUAGGGGUAACCCCUCUAAAGCUGCCAGUGCUUCUCGUGGAAGCGACAGGAACCAAGGAGGAUCGUUCCUUAUCUCAAUGAAGGAAGUUUUGGACGACGGAGGAUCCAAACCUGUUGUCGAGACUACUCCAACUGAGGUUGUAGCUCAGGAUGCUGCUCCUCUCCCUGAGGUCCAGGUGCCGGAGGCUGACUACCAGGCUCCGAAGGGUACCUCUGAGAUCGAGCCGUCGAGACACAAGAGGCCCAGGAUCGAUCAGGGCGGAGCUUCCAUCCGUUCUUCUUCCUCGUCCUCUAGAGGAGGGACUGUUGGGUGGAGCUUUACCCAUUCGAAGCCUGGGUCGAUCCUGGAUGACUCUUGGGGCCUAGCUGCGAUAAUGAGGCACCUGAAGAGCGUGGGAUGUCCCCUUCCAGCGCUCAAGGACCUGACUAACCGAGAUGAGUAUCUCGAUAUUGCCCACUGUAUGGGUCAGUUGGCUGGGGCUGUUAACAGGGCCCAGCUCAGGUUUGAGAAUGCUCUGUGUGCUGCCCCCAAUGCUGGUGAACUUGCUGAGGUUACCGAGAUGGUUAAGGCAGCCAAAACCGAUCUUGACCAAGCCCGGGUUCGAAUUUCUGAACUCGAAGCCGAAGUGACGAGGCUAGGCUCGAAGGCCGAUGCUCAGCAAGGAGAGAUCGAGAGUCAAAAGCUCGAUAUCCAGGUGAAGAGCAGGAGGAUCAAUGAUUUAGAGGCUGCUCGAAAGAUAGCUGAGCAUCAAGUACGUGAGCUCAUUGCCUCAUCCCGGGAUAGCCAGAAGAACAAGGAAGCUGAAGUCAAGCUGGCUGUCAGGGAAGGGAAGAAAGAAGUCGCCGAAGCUUACGGCAAGAUCCUGGUCUGUGUUAAGGAGAAGUUUGCUAGGAAGAAAGAUGAGGUCGACGCUUUGGUGUACGCUCAGGAGCUCCAAGCUAAUGCCGACCUCUUGAAGGAUAUGCUGAACAACAAGAUCCAAAGCGUUGAAGAGGAGUACAACCAAUUGGUGGCCUUAUUACCAGAAGCGACAACUGCGUAUGAGAAGGCUCAAGUCUCUGACUUCUCGGUCAGCAAGCUUCCUCUUCCCCAGAUCUCGGAGAGUUCAGGUACUUUCGAGAUUAACAUGUUUAAUCCAUCCUUUUCUGGGGAGUAUGGCUCUAAUUUGGGUUUGAUGGCUCCUGACUUAGCUCCAGUCGAGGCAGCAAUAGGAGGUGACGGCAAUGUGGUCGAUGAGGGAGUUCCUGCCGGUGCUGGUGAUCCGAUUCAGGAAGAGAAGGAAGAUUGAGAGCUACGGCUCUUUUAACUUUAUGUUUUGUGUUUUUAAGACUUCGGCCUAAGGGCUUUGUUUCGUUAUGUUUUGUGACUUAGUGCCUGAGGAGGCCUUUAAACCUUAACGCUUGCUGGAUUUCAAUAGCCUGGGGAGGUUUUUAAACCCUUUCUUAUGUUUAAAUCGUGGCUAUUAUUUCUGUUUUAAGUUUUUGAACUUAACCUCGUUUCAUUUAAUCAUAGUGAUUGCGAAUCUCA